AUGUGCAAGGAUCGCCAACACACAUCCCGCCCACAGAUCCAACACAACCGUGUCAAAACACCGCUCGCAAAGUUGACCUCAACUAUCGCGAAAGGGCCUUUGCACAGGAGGAGCACCAUGGGACGCCACAGGGCCGCCUAUCACCGAUGCUAUAGGAGAUCAAGCAAAGAAUCGUCCGCCAUCAUCCCUUGCAAGACAAGAACCUACUCGACGGUAUCAGAAACGGCCUGGAGACAAACGAACCCAAGCCCCAACGAACUGCUGCUGUCGAUGCUGCCACCAGUGCCUCGACGCCCUAGAGGAGGCUGUCGUCCACUUCACGCCCCUCUUCUAAACAAGAUGCCACAGACUUUUCCUGCUGCUUCCGAGCGGCCAAUGCCCUCUCGACGACUAUCCAAGGCCACUCAAAACGUUCAAACACGCCCUUCGGAGCGCCCUGCCCCAUGUCACCGAAGGCCCGGACCAAGAGGUCCAGGAGGUCGAGAUCCCCCAGAGGCUUGCCAUCCUUGGUCUCUUGGCCCCGAGCUUGGUCUCUUGGCCCCGAGCGAGGUGCAGUUCGACUGCCUCGAAGCCAGCCGGACCUGGAACACCUUCAUCGGUGCAUACACGAAAUAA